GUGGUUAUUCUGCCAGGGGCGCCUCCGCUAAACUAGCAGCGCCCCGCCAUCUGUCGCGUCAACAAUUAGGCAACCCUGCAGGUAAAUGCGCCGUGACUUUUGCCUAUGAUUGCCUGCCUGCUUAAUGCUUAUCGAUUAAGCUAAGCUACCGCGGGGAACUUCCGUCCUUCCUUCUUUCCUUCCUUCCUUCCUCCCAAUCAUUUGCGCAUAUCAUGAUGCCCCUGCUUCCGGCCGCGUUAGUCGCAGAGAAAAUCAUUUUUCCAUCCUCCAGAGUCGUCCAACCGACCACUGUUGAACAUAGCAAUAAAUGUUCUCAGUAUCUGUACCGUCUUGAAGUCUGUUCAAGCAGUUGAAACAGUGCGCCUUAGAGUGGUCCACCAUGGGUCGCUCAAAGAGCAGGGCGCAACGCAGCAAGGCGAUUCCAGAAACCACCACAAUUGGUUUUCACAAACCUUGGCCCAUUGGGUUUAUUGACCAGCUGCACACCCUUCUAACCGACAGUGAAGACCAAUCUCAGGGCAAAGGUAUUGCUGAGCCACCGUCUAAGCGGGUCAAGCGAUAUGAUGGCGAUGCUGAGGCACUCCUGCUAGCCAAGGAGGAACUGGAACUUGUGCGGAAGUGCCCAGAGGGAGCAUUGGUUGACGGCCCCCAACGGGUUUGCCGUCGCAACAUCGGAUCCUACCUGCGUUUCUGGCUGAGCCAGUCUAAAGAAGUAAGAAUUACCGCCCGACCUCGGACUGAUGCCCUCCCCAUCAACGCUACAGUCGCAAUCCAGCCUAAUAUCAUGACCAAACGUCUGGCGGCAUGCCUGGAUGUUUUUGCAUGUCACUGGACCAAGGCCCUCGGAGAAGGGAAACUUUGGGUUUCCCUUGACGCCACUGCAAGUACCCAGGGUGGAUUUUAUAAGGUGUCAUUCUGCUUCAACCUAUACUGGAACGAAACCAAGACUCCUUACAGCCGGCUGCGAUCGUCAGUAGAGCGCAAACUGAGCCAGCGGGUUCUCGACGUAUUCUUACCUGAUGUAGCUUCCUCGUCCACCACCAACAGAGGACGAGAAAGUUGGUCUCUGCUGGACUUUUACGAGGCAGCUCAUGUUCCUGCCGCGGAUGACAAGACAGCUCUAUCGAUCGAGGUGCCAGAAUUGACUGCCUCUCUUUAUCCAUACCAAAAGAAGACGGUACAAUGGCUUCUCAAGCGGGAGGGUGUUUGUUGGAAUGGAUCUAACACUGGCUCUCUCCCUUCUAUCGAGGACUCGCCACCUCCGCGUGAAGUCGACGGCGCCCACAGCUUCCGCAAAAUCCGGGAUGAACUAGGAACCGGAAGGUCCUUCUACGUCAGCAAUCUGUAUCACGUCGUCACUACCGACCUUGGGCCUUUUCAACACGCGGAACAGUCUGUCAGAGGUGGCAUUCUAGCCGAAGAGAUGGGUCUCGGCAAGACGCUUGAAAUCAUUGGUCUCAUUGCCCUUCAUUGUCGACCGCCCACCGAUGAUGUCGUGCAUACAAAAGAAGGCGAGGAGCUCCUCACAACUGGUGCCACCCUAAUCGUCACUCCAGAUUCGUUGAAACAGCAAUGGAUCGAAGAACUUGAACGUCAUGCGCCUCAUCUACAGGUCAAAUACUACCCUGGACGCAAAAACGUCAAUUUCGACACUGAGGAGGAGCUUCGAGCAGAUUUGGCCUUCCAUGACGUUGUUAUCACGACUUACCCGGUCCUAUCAGCAGAGGUUCACUUCGCGGUGAAGGCACCUGAAAGAUCUCGACGCCAAGAGAGGAAGUACGAACGUGCGGGGUCACCCCUUACAAAGAUAUCAUGGUGGCGCGUCUGCCUUGACGAGGCACAGAUGAUUGAGAGCGGAGUCACUGGAGCAGCCGCCGUUGCCAGGCUUCUUCCUCGUAUCAAUGCUUGGGGCGUCACUGGAACGCCGGUGAAGAACGACGUCAAAGACUUGUAUGGCCUGCUCGACUUUUUGCGCUACGAACCCUACGCUUCGUCACCUCAAGUUUGGAGAUCCUUGACAGAGUCCCAAAAGCCCCUGUUCCGCUCUCUAUUCGGAAGUAUCGCUCUGCGUCAUACCAAGCAGCUGGUCAGGCACGAGAUUGUGGUGCCGCCGCAGAAGCGAUUCGUGAUAACUCUGCCGUUCACUGCCGUGGAGGAGCAGUACUACAGUGAGAUGUUCAAAAACAUGGCCCGACGUUGCGGCGUGGACAUUCUCGGCGCUCCUCUGCAGGCAGAUUGGGUGCCGGAGGAUUACGAAAAUGAGAUGCGGACUUGGCUCAACCGACUGAGACAAGCGGCCCUACAUCCUGAAAUCGUCCAGAGACGAGGGACCGGUCGCAAAGUUGGGCCUAUGCGCACUGUUGGAGAAGUCUUGGACGCAAUGAUCGAGCAAAGCGACAACGAUAUCAGAACCGAUCACAGGGCGUACUUGCAGGCUAGGCUCACGCAUGGGCAAAUGCUCGAGAAUGGACCUAGGGUGAAAGAGGCCCUCGAAAUAUGGGAAAGAGUGAAGAAAGAUGCUGCAGUCCUCGUCGUGGAGUGCCGACAAGAGCUGAAGGCGAUUCUGGACGAGGUAGUCACCAUGCGCAGGAGCACUACCUCCAGUCAUACGCAGGAAGCUGGAGGUGACGCUUCUGCUUCGAACGACAUUGACGAAGAUGGAGGGGAUGACGGGGCAAACAACGCUCGCGUCGGUGAGGCUCGGGCGAAGUUGCGCCAUGCUUUGGAGGUCCUGCACAAAGCCACCUUUUUCUGUGCCAAUGCUUUCUUCCAGAUCAAAUCUAAUACCGACAUGACUGAACCCGAUUCAGACCAGUUCAAGAAGCUACAGCAGUUAGAAGAUUCUGAAUACGGGAAGGCCCAAGAGAUUCGACGAGAAAUUCUCUCGGAGAGCCACGCCAGGGCAAUGUCACUGAUUAACAGACUGGAACGGCAAGCCCAGAGCCAGUCGUUUGUUGAGAUACCAGAACUUGUCUUUGAAGAGAUGAGAGGCCUAGAAAGCGGACCAACGCUUGAAAUGCUUGAAGAGCUCUACGCCAUUCUGAAUGAACAGGCAAACCGUAUUGAUGAGUGGAGAGAAGCUGUUAUCAAGCUGCUCUGCCAGCCACUUAUUGACGAAGAAGCGGAAGCAGAGAUCACUGGCGAGGAAUUCACGGAUUCGACCAGGAUCCAGGAGGAACUCAUUGUCUAUGUGCAAAUCUUGCGUGCCGCCAUCGCCGAUCGCCAGGAAGCCAUCUCAGGCCUUGGUAAUGCGCUCGUCAAACACGAGAUGAGAGUCUCGCUUGCUGCCGCUGAGGAUGGUGACGGCCCAGCCCCAGAGAAACUCCUUGCUCUUUAUCGUCUUAGGGACGAGGUGAAGCCCUUGCCGGACAAGCAUGGCUCCCUUCGCCGCGUCAUUGCCGAUCUUCGAGCCAUCGCUUCGCGACUGCCAAAAGACGGCACUGGCGGUCGAGCAGACACCGAGCGUGAGAUUGUGUACCGGCAGAUCAGAGCCACUCAAGCAUACAUAACCUCUCAGACAAAGACUGCAACGGCGCUUGAACGCGAAGUUGACCGAUUUACGAAUGCCAUGAACGCCAGGGUCGAGUAUUAUCGGCAGCUGCAAGCUGUUUCCGAUAGCGUCGCUCCUUACGAGGGCCCGAAUGACGAUAAGGCCAUAGCGGCCUGUGUAGUGAAUGAGGAGAGACACCAUAAUAAGCUUGACUCGGCUAGGGCGAAGCAUCGCUACUUGCUCAAUCUCAAAAGCGAAGGCGGCCAGUCCAACGAGCCUCGAUGGUGCAUCAUUUGUCAGGCAUACUUCACGACAGGUAUACUAACGAUUUGUGGCCACGAGUUCUGCAGAGAUUGCCUGAAGCAAUGGUAUCGAGCACACCAUAACUGUCCCAUGUGCAAAAGGACGCUCCGGCUUACUGAGCUGCAUGAUAUUACUCUGAAACCCAGAGAGCUGAAAAUGCACGAAGACACAGCAACUGGCCCAUUGCCUGAAGUGAAGAAAAACCAAGCCGCCAAGGCGAGUGGUAUCUACUCCCACUUCAGCUCCGAAAAGCUUGCUCAGAUCAACGACGUUGAACUGGGCUCCUUGUCCUUCGGAACAAAGGUUGACACACUCGUACGGCAUGUUCUCUGGUUGAGGGAAUCGGACCCCGGUGCCAAGUCUAUUGUUUUCACCCAGUACAAGAGCUUUCUUGAAAUUCUAGGCGCAGCAUUUGAUCGCUACAAGAUUGGGUUUUCCACUAUUGACCGGCCCAAGGGGAUCACGAGAUUCAAAGAGGAUCCCGGUGUUGAGUGCUUCAUGCUCCAUGGGCGGGCCAAUUCAAGUGGUCUCAAUCUUGUCAAUGCCAGCCACGUCUUUCUGUGCGAGCCGCUGCUGAAUACGGCGCUCGAGCUGCAAGCGAUUGCUCGAGUCGACCGAAUUGGCCAGAAGAACGAGACCACCGUAUGGCUUUAUCUUAUUGAGGGUUCGGUAGAAGAGUCCAUCUACAACUUGUCAGUGAAGCGACGCAUGGAACACAUGGGCCAAAGUUCCAAAGGAAAGUCGAAAGUGUCCACCCCGGAGGUUCAGGAGCCCACUCUGGAGGCUGCCAACACCCUCGAGCUGGAGCAGGCUUCUCUGAACCGCCUAAUGAGCAGAGACAAGAACGCAGGCGAAGCGGUCGCGGCGGAGGACCUAUGGGAAUGCCUGUUUGGACAGGUGUCGCGACGAAUCACUUCAGGUGUCACGGAUUCAAUCACUCGAGAUGAGGAUGAACUAUGAGGCCACUUUUGAGCAUGAUCAUAAGAGGGCGGAAAACAUUCAGUCGAGUCUUCUUGAAAACCAUGCGCUGGCGCAAGAUAUGGGGUGUUUGGAAGGAUCGAUUUUUGGAACGCAAAGGCAUCGGCAACAUUUACGUAUAGGUUCCGUGUGUUCGGGCAUAGACAUGAUAAAUCACGAUUUUAGCGAGCACAACAGGCCAGAGGUUAAACGACUGGUUUCUUGAAGAUUACUAGGUCGUCAGCCUCUGGUAAAUACACAUCAAGAAAGAGAUCAAUUUUUGAUUAUUCGCCG